CAUAUUACCAUAUCCGUAAAAUAUAAUUAUAAUUUAUAAAUCAAUAAUGGCAUCAAACAGUAAUGGUGCGUGCACACUAUAAGUAAAGUAAGACAGAGAGAGGAGAGAGAAAGAGAUUGAGAUUAAGGAGAGGUUUUUGAGCUCUGAGAAACGAUGAGAAUGAAUGUGUUUGUGAUAGCCGCACUUGCUUUUGUGUCUCUAGUUUCCGUCAUUGAUGGAUCUGAGCAUCAGCCUCAGCUAUCUGAGUUUGUAAACGAUGCUUUAUUCUCAUCAGUUUCAAGCAAGCAGCCUUCCCAGCCACAACCUCUCAUGGUUCCCAUUACUGUUAUCAAUGGAGCUGCUGCCAAAGGAGCUGUAUGUUUGGAUGGAACAUCGCCUGCCUAUCACUUUCAUCCUGGAUCCGGAUCAGGAGCCAAUAGUUGGCUCAUUCACUUAGAGGGAGGAGGAUGGUGUAAUACCAUCAGAAAUUGUGUUUUUAGGAAGACGACUCGGCGUGGUUCCUUUAAAUUCAUGGAAAAGACACUGCCAUUCACUGGGAUAUUGAGCAAUAAACCUGAAGAAAACCCUGAUUUCUUUAACUGGAACAGAGUUAAAAUACGUUACUGUGAUGGAGCAUCUUUCGCCGGAGACAGUCAAAAUGAGGCUAAUCAGCUUCAAUUUCGAGGACAGAAAAUAUGGCUAGCUGCAAUCGAGGAAUUAAUGUCCAAAGGAAUGCAAAAAGCCAACCAGGCACUUUUGUCUGGAUGCUCUGCAGGUGGUCUGGCAUCUAUAAUACAUUGUGAUGAAUUCGGAAGCAUGUUUCCAAAAUCUACCAAAGUGAAAUGUUUGAGUGAUGCAGGAUUUUUUCUUGAUGCAGUUGAUGUGUCUGGGGGGCACACACUGAGGAAUAUGUUUGGAGGUGUAGUUACAUUACAGGAAGUACAAAAAAACUUACCAAAAAGUUGUCUCAACCAACUGGAUCCAACUUCGUGCUUCUUUCCUCAAAACUUGAUCCAGCAUGUUCAAACUCCAUUGUUUCUUCUCAAUGCAGCUUAUGAUGCAUGGCAGGUGCAAGAAAGUCUAGCCCCCCAUUCAGCGGAUCCAAGUGGUUCUUGGAAUGAUUGUAAAGCAAAUCAUGCAAGGUGUAACUCAUCUCAAAUACAGUUCUUCCAAGACUUUAGAAAUCAAAUGCUAAAUGAUGUGAAAGACUUCUCAAGGUCCUCUCCAACUGGAUUGUUCAUAAAUUCUUGUUUUGCUCAUUGCCAGUCUGAGAGACAAGAUACAUGGUUUGCUGAUGACUCUCCGCUUAUCAACGACAUGCCUGUGGCGAUUGCUGUUGGAGACUGGUUUUUUGAUCGAAAAACUAUCAAAGCUAUUGAUUGUGCUUAUCCCUGUGACACAACCUGCCAUAAUCUGGUCUUCAAUGAAAGUGAUGACACAUCCACCACCACCACCAUGAUAUAUUCCUCUCAGUCCUCCAGGUUGACUUUUCCUGCUCUAUACCUACUAAGUGCUUUGUUUCCCACUUCCAUGUUCCUACUGCACCUUAGAGUAGAAGUACUAUCAAGAUUCUUUAGCCAUUCCACAUAAUUGGGAAGGUUUGUUUGUCCAUGCUUCAAUCAGCACCAACUAUUAACUGUAUCUGUAACUGUAUUAUUAGUAGGCACUAGGGACUAACAUAAACAUGCUCUGAAAAUUUAUAACUUGGAUGGACCUCUGUAGCAGACCGGGGAAAGAUUUACCAAAUUGGGCUCAAUAUCUGUACCUGCUAAGGGUCAUCUGUUCUAUUAAUAUGAACCAAAAAUGUAUCUUGGGAUUCUUGACUCAUUUUCCAUAUCUUGAUACAUACUGAUAUGCAUGCCUAUGAUAAAUCAUAUAUGUGAGCAUGCAUCAUUGAUGGGAAAUGAUAUUAAAGAAGGAAGAUGUAAUGAAAUUCUCAACUACUUUUCUGAAA